AUGUCUCAGCUUGCCCGGACGACGAAGGUCCUGACGGUACAGAAGUCUCUCCAACAACGCACUCCUCUCUACCACGAUGCCAGGCUGGAGGAACGUCCCAUCCCCUCCUUGCAAAAUGGCCAACUCCUUGUCAAGAUCGCAGCAGCAGCGUUCAAUCACAGAGACUUGUGGAUUCGCAAGGGACAGUAUCCUGGAAUUGCGUUCGGGAGUACUUUCGGUGCUGAUGGUGCUGGAACUGUGAUUGCUUCGGGUCAGAACAGUGACCCUCUGUUGCAGAAGCGAGUAUUCCUUGUCCCGAUGCGAGGCUGGGAAGAAGAUCCAGACGCUCCCGAGUCGAACUUUGUAAUCUUAGGCGGUGGAAGGGUAGUUCCAUUGGGAACGUUCGCUCAGUACGUUGUCGUAGAGCGCGACCAGGUCAUUGUGACUCCCGACCAUCUCGAUGAUGAGCAUGCGGCAGCGUGGCCUUUGGGCGGUGUAACUGCUUGGAGGGCAUCAAUCGUGAAUGCACGUGUGAAGCACGGUGACAACGUCCUUAUCACCGGCAUAGGCGGAGGUGUCGCCCUGAUCGCCAUGCAGCUCUGCCUCGCGCGCGGCGCAAACGUCUAUGUGACGAGUGGGUCCGAAGAGAAGAUACAGCGCGCGAUCUCUCUCGGUGCCAAAGCAGGGGUGAAUUACAAAGCUGAGGACUGGCCUAGUCAACUGGAAGCUAUCUUGAAGAGCAACAGUUCUGGUGGUGCGACCUCAGCACUGCUGAGUGCUGUUAUCGACUCUGGAGGUGGAGAUAUUGUAGGCAAGACCAGUAAGAUCCUAAAGGCCGGGGGCAGAGUCGUCGUCUAUGGAAUGACCGCAAGUCCUAAAGUGACAUUCACAAUGCGCGAAGUGCUCAAGCAACAUCAGCUCAUCGGAUCUACCAUGGGUUCGCACAAAGACCUGAUUGAUGCGACCAAGUUCCUCGCGGAACAUCGUAUCGUGCCGGUGGUCUCGCAUGUGCUUGAUGGUCUGGAGUCAGCUGAGGAAGGAUUUGAGCUCAUUAAGCGAGGGGAGCAGUUCGGAAAGGUCGUGUUGAAGGUGCGCCAUCCCGAGGCGGGUGCAAAGCUGUAG